AUGAAUACUUUAACAAAAAUUGCAAAACAAUUUUGUAAAUAGAUUAAAGAAAAAAAAGAAGAUUUUUUGAGCAGUGAUAGAUAUAUUUAUGCUCGACAAAAGCUUCAAAUAAUAAAUGAUCCAAAGUUUAUUUAGAAAACUAUAAAAAUAGAAGAAUCUGCAAAAGCUAAAAAUUAUUAUUUAACAAGUAAGUAAUUUCCUAUUUUACUUUGUGCUGGAACAUUAUUCUUCUAUCAUUUAUGGUAAGUAAUGCCAUAUUCCAAAAUAUUUAAACAUACAUCAAUAAGUGAAUAUACUAAAGAUCUUCUUUAUCCAAUUUUGUUGGCUCCAUCAUCACAUCAGACUACUUAGUCAUUUUUAACAUACACUCCAGCUUUAGUAUUUGGAUUGUAUUUAAAUGGAUUCUAUAUGAAUUAUAGAGGAAUGAUUGGGUUGUACUUAAUAAAUAGUUUAGUAUAAUUAUAUAUUAUUUAGCUAAGUAGUGCUGUUACUUUUUGUUAUGAAAAAUAUCGAAACGAAUAGUUAGGAAUUCCAAUGAUGUCACCAAAGACAACAGGAGCUUGUACACCAUUAGCUUAUAUAUUUUCAUUUUUUGUUCUCUCACCAGAAUAUAUGAUAAAGGUAUAAUCAAUUUGAAUAUUUAGAAAAAACUGCCUUUUGCCAUAUUCCCACUUUUAUAUUUAAUUUAUGAAAUUGAGGAAUUUUUAAUGGAUGAUCAAUAAAAUUGCCGACCAGCACAUAUUGCAUCUAUCAUUUUAGGAGCUACAUAUGGACUUAUCUUUAAAAAAUAUUACAAAUUUUUAUGA